AUAAUAGUGCUUCUAUGAACCAGAGAACUCAUGUGGGAACCACAUUGUUAGAUGUGGCUAAGACAGCCGUUGAGACAUUUUUUAAAGUUCGAAUGGGCAAAUCGCGAGUUGACCGGUACUUUGUAUUAACACUAGAUGAGGAACCGUACUUUAUUAAGAUGGCGGGAUGGAAACAGAAUGUUGAUAUGCAGGCUUUGCACUUGGCCCUAGAUAACAUUAAGGCUCAGGGUCUCACCACCCUCGCUCUUGGGCUGCAGCGAUGCUUCCUUUUGCUUAACUUAAAUAGGAUGCAGCUUGAUAUCGAGAACUACGGUACUGGAUACUUCCCAUCACUCUCUGAGCCGGCAAUAAUUAUUUGCUUUACAGAUGGUUUGAAGAUGACUUCUGAAGAUGGAACCCUAUAUGAUACUGUUUCUCCGUCCAUACUCAAGUCAAACCUUCCGGGUAGUGAAUUGGCCUCUGAACCUUUUCGUUGGGACUACAGAUUAUUUACCGUAUUUAUUCGCUAUCCGUCCCUAGCCGAUGGCAUAUUUGAUAUGCCCAGAUAUCUAAAUAUAGACCAAAAUUCAUCAUUGUCUGUCCUUUCUGAGCAAACAGGAGGCCAAGGUUUUUCUGUGUACGAUAAUCGGACGUUGCAUCAAUGUCUGGAUACUUUGGUCCAAAAAUGUCAACCAGGUGUUGUCUUGCAUUUCUCACGUGAAAGUCGAUUCUUCAAAGAUCUCUUUAAAUCACGCGACUGCAAACAAAUGAUUCUUCUUAAAGGGUCCAUUCGUUCUAAUUGGCCAAUACCAGAGUCUUUCUGGCCUGACGAUGAAAUAUUGCUCAACAAAUUGCCCCCAAGGAGUGCACAUCCAGUUAUCAGUCUUUCUCUUUACAAAGGCUCUCAGAUUAAACUUUCAGACUACUUUCCUUAUGACAGAUAUGAACUUGAGCCAUCUCAUUUUGUUCAGUGUAUUCUUGAUCAAAGGGAUCCUAAUUUACUGCUUGAGUGCUUUGUCCCGAAUAGUGGUCUUGAACGGGAUGCCCCUUUUGGAUAUAUCAGACCCGCUGUUGAUCUUACUUCAGUUCACUUAUAUGUACUUCCAUUCAAUUAUCCAGUUAUCAUGAAGCUCCUUAUUGAUCUUACAGAGACACACAGCAUGAGAAUGACUGAUUCAUGGGGCCAUCAAUUUGUUAGUUAUCUAACUAAUAUACCCCGCUAUUACUACAUGCCAUUAACUAAAGCAUUUGAACGACUUGGUUUUCAAAGUAUUAUUACAAAAGAGGCCAUAGAUCGCGUAAUUCCAUACCAACUAAAACAUACCUUACAAAAAUCAAAACAUGCUGCCAAAUUAGAGUACGAAAGAUUAUUACGAAUGACAGAAUUGCGUGAACAGCAAUCUCCUCUUCCAACGAUUAAACUGCCUGCUUCACUCCUUCCUUCCCAUUUAUGGCCUUUAUUGGAAAUGCGGGCCGUACUUCCCAAGAUGCUCCAAAAUAAGUAUAUUCGCCCAUAUGAACAACCUUGUGAUAUUCCGCGUCACUGUCUUCGUGAGAUGCUCCCCAAGCUCAGACACAAUUUAAUUGAGAUAUUGGAAGGCCGAAGUCGGCCGAUGGAUAGAGAGUUAAUUCACCAACAGCCCAUGUCUGAAAUGGGAGACUAUCUGAACUACAAAUUUGCACCUGUAGUUGCUGCCCCUCUUCGUGAGGUAAAUCCGACUCCUGAACGCGCGGAUACUUUCGGUAAUCCGUUCAGAAGAAAAGCAGUCUCCACUAACCCGCCCAAUCUCCUUUCUCCACCAAACAACGCGCCUACAGGCUCUUCCUCCAAUUCGGGUUCACCUUUGGUUGGAGCUGUGAAUACAGGUGGUGGCCCCGUUUCUAGUAGUAAUGGAACGUCUCCUUCUUUUAUUGUUGACGAAGGCUUCGUAGAUGAAAUGGCAUUGCCUUCGUCUGGGGCUUGUGCUGAGGAAAUUAGAAGACAUGCAGCUCUUACUUCAAGUCCAACUGGCCGAACUAGAGGUCCUAUUCCAUCCCACAUAACUCAUCGCAACUGGCGAAGCUUUUCUCCACAAAGCUCCCCAGCUAGUUCUCCAAGAAGGAAUGAUGAUAGACCGGAAGGGGAUUUAAUCUGCAAAGCGGCUCUGCAUGCACUAUCUGUAUCUUCCAAGCUGGUAAAACAUACGCCAACUCAGAAUGAUGUGCCUACCUCUCUUACGAAUGCUACUGAAAUGAUCCCUGCACUCGAGCCUCCACACCUAAAUCAACUUCGCAAAGAAGACAAGAUUUCUGCUAGCAAUGCUUUCAUUGCCAAUCGUGAUUACCUUCUAUUUCUCGUUCAACUUAUUCGUCAGCCUAUAAUUGACGGCACCGUGCUGUUUGAUCACCUUUGCAAACUAACUGGGCCGAUGUCUCAGCGUCGAGCUGUAUUAUCCUAUUUAAUGGCAGAAGCCCUUCGGUUUCGCAGAUUUUGUCUUUUCAGUUUGUUUCGCCGAUGGCGGUCGCUUCUUCGUGAUCGCCAAGUGAUCUUCAAUGCAGUUACUGGGAAUUACUUGACAAAUCCUAGUCCUUCACAUUCAGAGCCAAAUUUAAAGUAUUUGCGAACAGGCGUUUCACUUUCAGAGCUACCUGAGACACAAUUAGUUACGAAUCCCCGAGAUGUGAAUUCAAUUCAGACCGUUAUCAAAUCUGCUCAAGAAGCUCAUUCUUCUAAAACUCCACAAUAUCGUUCAAUGGACAAUAUUACUUCUAGAAAUGGUCUUUCUGACAACCAGCCCCAAUCCAGCUCAUUACAGAUUCGCUCCUCUGCGCCAUCUCCCCAUACAUACGGGAUAAAGUCCAAUGAAGUCACUUCAGUUCCUUACCCUCACAAGCGCCUAACCUCAUUUACUAAUCUACAUAAGGAACAUCUUCCCAACCGGUUAUGUAAGCCACAUUUGAUGAGGAAGAAAAGACGCUCGGAAGACGAAUUAGAAAUAACCCAGCCAUCACGAAGUAAGAAUGCUCGCCAACAACAGCAUAUUAAUGGACUCUGUUGA